UGUCGCCAUCAAUGGUCCAACCUGUAAUUCUCUUCAUCAUCACUCUGUCUCAUAAAUAUUCAAAUAACUUUGAGCUCAAAAAAUCUCUUUCUCUUCUUUCAAAACCUUGAGCUUAAACUUUUGUGAGUUCCUAUCUCCUUCACAUGAACAUGACUUUCAUUACCACUUCAUCACCACCACCACUAAUCCCUCUCAAACCAUAUACAAGCUUCGAUAUAACAAGCAAAGUCAGUCCAAACGUCCUCCUAAUAAUCAUAAUCCUAUCCAUCAUCUUCUUCAUCUCCGGUCUCAUCCAUAUCCUCGUCAAGUUCCUCCUCACGCCAUCACUUCAAAAUAGAGAUGAUUACUACGACAACAACAACGUUACUGCUUUUCAAGGCCAGCUUCAACAACUUUUCAACCUCCACGAUUCAGGCGUCGAGCAAUCACUAAUCGACAAGUUACCUGUCUUUCAUUACAAGUCCGUCAUUGGUCUGAAGAUUACAUCCUUUGACUGUCCUGUUUGUCUCUCCGAGUUCGAAACAGAGGACAAGCUCAGGCUCUUGCCUAAAUGCAGCCACGCCUUUCACGUUGACUGUAUCGACACGUGGCUUCUCUCUCACUCUACAUGUCCUCUUUGCAGAUCGAAUCUCCUCCUCUCUGACUUCUCAUCUCUCCACAGUCCAAGCUCCUCGUAUCUACUUGUUCUUGAGUCCGGAAGUGAUCGAAGAAGCUCGAGAGACAUGGUUCAUGUUCCUGAGGCUAGUGAUUAUGGGUCGACCCGGUUUGGGUCGGGUCGUCAAACAUGCGACCCGGAUGGGGACUUGGUUGUUCCUUUAGAAGUUAAGCUAGGGAAGUUUAGGAACGUAGAUCAUGUAGGUGAAGGAAGUGACAACACCAACGACAAAAUCAUUAGUGGUAAUAGCAAUUUAGAUGUUAGGAGGUGUUUUUCAAUGGGGUCAUAUGAGUAUAUUGUGGACCAAGAAGCUACACUUAAAGUCCACGUUCCGACCAAGAAACAAUCCGACAAAGAGGGUCCUUUACCUGGCCAUAGAGCAGUUAUGUCCGAAUGCGGUUAUGAUCCUACGGUUAAGGGAAUUGGGAAGAAUGUUGUGGAAAGAGAGAGUUUUUCUUUGUCUAAAAUUUGGCUAAGGGGUAAAAAGGAGAAGCAAAAGGGUACUAGUGUUAGAGAUCAGGAAUGUUCUUCGUUGUCAUCCUCUUCUAUCCGAAUUCCAAACCAAAUGAAUCCUCCUGAGUCCAAGAAUGGGAUCGGCUACGAUGAAGAGAAUCAAAAGAGCGAAAAUUCGGAAUCUUUGGAGACGAAAACGCCAUCUUUUGCUAGGAGGACCAUGCUUUGGCUUGCAGGGAGACAAAACAAGGCUGUUCAUCCUUCUACAUCUAAUGUCUAGUUUUCUUUUUUUUUGUUCGAGUUUUAUUCUUACUUUACAAGUGUGUCUGUUGUGUGUGAAAAAAUGUUAGUUUAUUUAAGGGAGAAAGUUGAUGAUUAGUGGGGGAUUGAUUAAUA